CCCAGCUUUUUAGAUGGUUCAAUGUCGGGAUAGGAAAACCUUCCAAAAAAAAAAAGAAACCAAAUCCUGACCCCCGAUGAGGGUGACCACGGCUAUGCGACUGGCGGCAUUUACCGCUCGUCCAUUACGUCUACGUCCGAGCUUAUGGUCCUCCUCAUCAGCCUCAAACUCGAUCAAGUCGGGCUUUCAAUAUGUUGAUCCUUGGACUGCCAUCUCUACCAAGACAUUUUCGUCUUCAUCUCUUACGACACCAAAAACACCUCGUCACAAGACGUGUCCCGACCGUAUCGUGUCACGAGACAGAAAACGUGUCGUCUCCGCGUACCACCAUUCAUCCGCAUUCUUACGACAAAAAGAUGAUGAUUCUCUUGGGAAAUCUUCCACCGUCCGUGAUGACGGGUCCAAACCUAAUUUGACCUCCGCGAGGGACACCGAAUUGACGUGUGCAUACUUCGACAAGGACGGUUCGUUGCUGUCCGAGCACAGACAACUCACAAAGUCCAAGAUAGCAGAGCAAUUCGAACUCCGACAUCGAGAUCUGCGGGACAUUGACCUUCGCUCUGAAUCGGUCACGCGCAUCCUCAUCCGACCGGCCACGAUUCUUUUACAAUUCUUCGACCUGUGCAUGAUCAUCCAGGCCGAUGAGGCUCUCCUCAUCAAUCUACGCGAUUCUCGUUCUAAUGGUUCUCAGGAUGAAGAGGGAAACGAAAACGAAACCGAAAAUGACAGCGCCAGCAGUACCAUGUACGGCGACUUUGAGAGGCGAAUGUCGGCCAAAGAAACCGCCGACCUUCCCGAAUUACCGUACGAGCUACGUGCGGUGGAAGCGGCCCUGAUCGCCGUCCUCUCCACCAUGCGCGAGGACCUCGUCCGGGCGAAACAAGACGCAGAAGAGAGCGCGGAAAAACUGAACCUCGAGUCCGGUUUCGCCGCCGUCGGUCUCGACCUGCUGUUUGAACAUUCUCGACAACUGGGCAAGAUCGAACAAAAGGCCCGGCUGGUGCGGGACACGAUCCGUGAGGUCCUCGACACCGACGAGGAUCUGGCCGGCAUGUACCUCUCCGACAGAAAGGCGGGAAAUUCCCACGAGAUCGACGACCACCAAGAGGCCGAGUACAUGCUCGAGGCCUACCAUACCGCCGCGGACGCCCUGGUCGAGUCGGCCGGUGGCGCCAUGGACGUCAUGCGCAAGAAGGAAAACACAUUCAGGUCGAGCCUCGACGUGCAACGGAACCAAAUCAUGUUUCUCGAGGCCAAGGUCGCCAUCCACACUCUCGGCGUCGGAGCGGGGACUCUGGUGGCCGGCUUGUUCGGAAUGAACCUGAUCAAUUAUCUGGAGGAAGCACCGUACGGCUUCCCCGUCAUGACCGUCGCGUGUGUCGUCAUCAGCUCGUUGUUCUCCGUCAAGGGCAUGAGAAGUAUAUGGCGCAUCCAAAGGUUGAAGGGUAUCCAGGGCCAGAUGAUACCUUCGCGCCGUCACCGUAGACCUUGACGUGCGCUUGUGAGGCGACUUUCGGGGGCGUGGCAACCAGCAAGUGACUAUAGUCGGGCAGUUUUAGUCGUCACCUUGGGGUUGUGGGUGGGAUCUCCUGGCACUGUAUAAUAGCGAGACGCAGAAACUCGGUGUCAGCUCUACUACCCUUUCGACUCAGGUACGGCUUUCGUCAGCAGUGUGACGUCCGGUGCAGCUGCUCUCUGUGAUUGAGUCGGUGUCAGCUGCACGUGCAACUGCAUACCAUGCCAUCGGGCCACCACCUCGCUCCGCUCUUCCUCCGUCGAGGCUUUGGCGUCCUCGUAACCCUGCGUAAAGUGCGCCGCGAGGAUGAAACUCAAAGUGUCGUCGCCGUAUUGCUUCCUCAACGCGUCAUACGCGGCUCGAAUGCCAAACUUCCUGCCGUUCACGGUGAUGGCUCUGGCCGGCAUGAGGAGACCGCCUAUGCCUUUACCUAUGCCCUUGCCGAAGCCUUUCCAUCCUCCUGCCCUGGCACCUUUGUAGGGCUGGUACACGACGCCACUCCACUUCUUGGCGAUGUUGAUCGGUAGGUGCAGCGCGGUGUAAGCCACGGAUCCAAAGUGACUCAAAACAGGGUUCGGUCCGCGAUCCCACGUAAAUUGGCCAGCUUCCACGGGGUACUCGUACGGCCGGUACAGACGAAGCUGGUUGAUGUCCAGGAGACCCUCGUUGCUGAGCACGGUGGCAGCGAAGGCGCUCAGUCUGAUGCCACGGCCCACUGGGCUUUUGGACUUGAUGAACCACACGGCGGGCCGGUUCGGUGCCAGAGCACAUCGGAGACCGUCGACGUUCAUUUGCUGAUGAAAGCUUGCUGCUCCCACUUCGCACCCUUUCUCCUCCUUGAUCCGGUCGCCAAGUUCCCGAGCCCGUUCGAGCGUCGCGGGCUUGAGCGCUUCCAAGAUGGCAUCGGCAAGACGGUCUGCCGUGAGCUCUUUGGCCGGAAUGGGUGUUGGACCUGCACCGGCGCGGGCGACCAUCGAACCCCAGAAUGGCUGGUCACCGAAAAAGGGAACAAUGACAGUCGGCCGACCCAGGGCUAUCCCGGCAGCAGUGGUGCCAGCGCCGCCGUGAUGAACCACACAAGACACACGCUGGAACAGCCAGUCAUGGGGACAAUUACCUAGCAUGAACACUCCUUCGGGCUUGCCGAGGGCAUCACCACCGAGGCCACCCCAGCCUUUGGAGACAAGCGCACGUUGUCCAGUCUUUUUCACCGCGUCAAAGAUGAGUUUGGUCAUUGCGUUGGGGUCGUCGACCACGAUGGAGCCGAAGCCAAUGUACACCGGUGGCGGACCCGCGGCGAGGAACUCUGCGAGGUCUGGGUCCGGACGGUAGUUGGAUGCCAUGUUGAGGAAGAAGAAGCCUGAAAUUGUGAUGUGCGGACCCCAGUCUUUGGGCUUUGGGAUAAGUGCUGGAGACCUAGUUGGUUCAAAUCAAUACAUGAUUUCAAAAAGGCCGUCUCGAGGUUCCAUGCUUACCAGCAAUAUGUGUAUGGUAUUCGCAGUUUAUACAACAUGUCUACCGCCGCGGCUUGG